CACCUGCUGCUGGCUGAAGACUCACUUCACUCAGCACUUUUUCCCUUUAUGUUAAUGACCCGUGCAAACACUUCCCACCCCUACUCGACUUCAGAGCGCAAAGGAACCAAAGUGAGUCAGAGUCGGUGGAACUCAACAAAUCGGACAUGAUCUGGAGACUGGUGGUCCUCGGUGUCGUGUGCGUCUGUCUUGUGGCCGCUGGAGAAGCCAGGCGCCGCGGGGGGAGGACAGUGACUUUCCACCGGACUCAGCAGCAGGCUGAGAGCCGGGGCCAAGUGCGCACACGCCCCAGAAGAGACACCAACAGCCAAACAUCAUCAUCAUCAUCAUCGUCAUCAGGCGCGUCCAGGCUUAUUUCUCACGGUCCUCCCUUCACCUCCUGCAGGCUCACACUCACCCCAGCAGAACACAGAGUUCUGGAUGACAAUACGCACGAGACAGGCUUCAAUGGUGACGAUGGCUCCUAUGUGAUCCUCACAUGGGUGGGCGGUGGCACAGGAGUGGUCCUGGUGCUUUCCACCAUCAGUUCUCCUCUCGACUCUUUUCUGGACGGUGGCUCGUCUCGACUUUACAGGAGCACGGACUACGGAAAGUCGUUCCAUGACAUUUCCAGUCGCAUCAACAACACCUUCGUAAAGGAGGAGUUUGGAGUCAGCGUCGGCCCGGGAAGCUCUGUGAUCCUGACGGCCGACACUCCAGUGCUGGACAACCCCGGCGGGAUCAUCUUCACCUCCACGGACGCCGGCGCGACCUUCAAGUUCACCCGGCUGCCUUUCCACCUGGCACAGCCAAUCACCUACCACUUCCUUAACCACGACUACCUCGUGGCACUGAGCAUCGAUGGCGGCCUGUGGCUCUCGCUGGACUUUGGUGCCAAAUGGACAAAAGUGCAUGAUGGAGUGCAUUCCUUCUCGUGGGGAGCUGGUGUCAACUUGUUCUUCAGCUGUAGUCGAGUAGACGCAGUGGAGGCGGACGAGCGGGGAGACUUGGUGCUGAAGAGGACGAAGGACCUGGGCAGAACCUUCACGGUGAUCCACGAGGACGUCUUCAGUUUCGGCUACAUCGGCGCCUUCCUCUUCUUCUCCGUGAUGGAAGACUCGAGAUCUCCGCGCGUCAUGUACUUCUCGUCAGACCAAGGAGACACCUUCAGUCGAGCACUGCUGCCUUCUGCUUCUACUGAGCAGUUCUACUCCAUCUUGGACGGGGAUGAGGACAUGCUCUUCAUGCAUGUGGACAACCCAGGAGACACCUUCUUUGGGACCAUGUACACGUCCGACGACCGCGGGAUCUUGUUCACCAAGUCGCUGGAGCGCCACCUGUUUGACGGGCAGAGGAAGAGCGACUUCACCAACGUCACGUCACUGAGAGGAGUUUACCUGACGAAUAAACUUGACACGGACGGCCGCAUACGCUCCGUCAUUUCCUUCAACCGAGGAGGGAAGUGGCGACAGCUUAACAAGCCGGAGAACGUGGACUGCAGCGAGCAAACUAAGAAGUGCAACCUUCACGUACACGGAGAACACAGUCGGAACAACAGGAUCGUACCCAUGCUCGCGCUGACCGAGCCGACGGCUGUUGGUCUGGUCAUUGCCCACGGCACAGUGGGCGAUUCCCUGUCGUCGUCGCAGCACCCCGACGUGUUUGUGUCCUCGGAUGGCGGCUAUACCUGGAGGGGGACACUGAGGGGCCCUCACCACUACAGCAUCCUGGACUCUGGGGGUCUGAUUGUGGCUGUGGAGGCCCAGCACGAAGGACAAGUCAAGACUAUUAAAUUCUCCACGGACGAGGGCCACUGCUGGAAGUCGUAUAACUUCACGGAGCAGCCCUUCUUCUUCGCUGGUCUGGCGUCGGAGCCGGGCACCAAGGCCUUGAACGUCAGCGUUUGGGGUUUCCGGCCCGAGGAAGACGGGCAGCCCAUGUGGGUGGCCGUGACUAUUGACUUCCAGAGCCUCAUCACCAGAGAGUGUAGCGACCGGGACUACGAGGAGUGGCUCGCUCAUUCGUCAGAGGGGAAGGACUCGGCGAGGAGGGGUUGCGUCCUGGGCGUGAAGGAGACGUACAGGAGGCUGAAGAAAAAGUCUGUGUGCCGCAACGGGAAGAGCUUUGUGGUGAGCAAGAAGCAAAGCCCCUGCCUGUGCACAAGAGAUGAUUACUUAUGCGACUACGGUUACUAUCCUCACCCGAACACUUCCGAGUGUGUGAGACAACCCAACUCUGCCAACAAAACGCUGGAGAUCUGUUUGGAUGGAGAGGAGGACGAGCUCCUGACAGCAGGGUAUCGCAAGGUCCCGAGCGAUAAGUGCGAGGGUGGCUUCACGCCUCAGCUCGCAGUUCAGACCGUCAUCAGGCCGUGUGGCGUUAAACCCACUCCUGGUUCGCCCACGUUGUCCACGUCUCCGGAAACAGUCUUUGACACACCGCGAGAGAGGCUGGUGCUGAUCCUGGUGUGUGCAGGGGCGGGAGCCGUCGUCCUGGUCGCUGUCGUCUCCGCUCUGCUCGCCGUCAGGGGAGUGGUUUAUAGAAACAGGUCACCAGUGUACCGUUUCUCCAACCUCCAGAUCCAGGAGGACAACAACUGCGACAACGAACGCGAAAACGGCACGAGCAGCAACGGCGCCGCCUGCCAACACGACUCAGACGACGUGAGCGCUGUCACGAUCACAUAAAUGUUACUCUUUGAUGUUAUUGUCGCAGGCUGAAAAUGUGUUGUUUGUUUUUUUUUUAGCAUGUCAUCUAAUUUAUUUUAGUAUUUUUUUGGACAGGACCUUAUUGAAUGACACACGACAACGGAUAUGAGAUUGUCCAGCUGUGCUGUAUUCUGUCAGGAUUAAUCCUUCAUAUUUGGACCAGAUCAUCCUUCUGGAAAUUGUUAAUGUCUUAAUUUAUUGAGCUUUCUUCAUUUCAUUGCUUUGCUUGCUUUUUAACAUGUACAGUUUUGUUUUUUUUAAACCACACGUUUAUGUAUGUUCAAUGUGAAAACAAUCCUUACUUCACAUUUGCAUUUGUGAAAAAUAAAUGAUUGCAAAACUA